UGGCACUCUGUCGAGGCUGUUAAUGAACAUUUCAGGGAGCGGCUUUCCAGAAAGAGCACGCCUCCACUGAAUGUGCCGCUUCUGCCUCGACAACUGUCCCACAGAUGUUUGGAUCACAAGACCGGACAGAGUUGCCUCGCUACUGACGGUCCCGACUGCUUUCCCCAGAACAUCUGCCGCGCAGACGGUCCCUCAAACCCUUGGGCAGGCGUGCUGGAGCGUGGGCGGUCGGGUCACGUGCGUCAGGGACCUCAGCAGGUGGAGGUGGGGCCUGUGGCCGCGGUGGCCAGCCCUUCCGUGCCCUCUCCCGACCCGGGUGAGACGUAAGAUGCGUGUGUCCUCUAAGAAGUGUCUUGGACUGCUUGUGAUUAUUGGCUCCCUGCUGGUAGCGCUUUUUAACACGUGGAGCCCUGCAGCUCUCUCAGCAGUUGACCUACGGCCCGGGCACAACGUUGGAAUGGAGACCGUCAUCAUGGAGAAACUUCAAGACCUCUUGAAUAAAUAUGAUGAUAUUUCCUAUCAUAUAAAGGAAGAUGUGGCAUGUCUCUUGAGGAGAAACUCAUGUGAAUGUGUGGCUGAUAAGGAGACCGUUAAGCUGCCUCUUUCCAGUCUGCUGUUCCCACGCGUGAAGGCCCGCAACUUGGACCAGGUCUUCUUACAAUCACACCCGGAUCCCUCAGGUGUGAAGCGUCACAGAGCUGAAGAGUACAGCAGUUUUCAGAAAAGGUCCUCCAGUCCUGCAGAUGUGCUUAUUGUGAACGAGGGCAAUAGUCCCCUUCAAUAUCCCUCCCAGGGUGUUGCAGUGCGACCCCUCAAAACAAUCAUCAUUCCAGGUUUGGGGCUUGUUGAAAAAGCAAGAUCCAACCAUACGGUAUAUUUGACAGCAACUUUGGGAAUUUUUGAUGUCGCCGCUACAGUGGAUAUGGUCUCGGUUAAAGGAGAAGGAGAGAAGCAUAUGGUGCUCUCGAGUCCUGUUCUGGCUGCGCUGAACAGGCAGCUGCAGUUUGUCACCUACACAAACACUGUGUUCCAUCCCAGGACAGCAGACACAGUUCAGUUUGCAAAUGAAGGUCAUCGGUCAUUUUUCACCAUAAAAGUCGGACAUGCCACCAUCUCGAGACUUUACAACUCUGGAUAUGCAAAAGAGACCAAUAUCAGUGCCCUUGUUACCAUUGUGACAAAGACCUUUCUACGCUAUGAUAAACUCCAAGAUCUUAUUGCCAGCAUAAGGCAAUAUUAUCCAAACGUCACAAUUGUGAUAGCUGACGAUAAUGAGCACCCGCAGCAGGUGAAAGGACCGCACAUUGAACAAUUCAUUAUGCCAUUUGGAAAGGGUUGGUUUGCGGGGCGAAAUUUGGCAGUGUCCCAGGUGAGCAGCAAAUAUGUUCUCUGGGUGGAUGAUGAUUUCCUCUUCACUGCAAACACCAAGCUGGAAAAGAUGGUUGAUAUCCUGGAGAAGACCAGCCUGGAUCUGGUUGGGGGUGCGGUUCGAGAAGUAACAGGUUGGACUUCAACCUUCCGCCAUACCAUUUCUGUGGAAGAGGGGGGAGAGGAUGGAGACUGUAUACAUAUCAGGCGUGGAUACCACCACGAUAUUGAGGGAUUUGCCAAUUGCGUGGUCGCUGAUGCUGUCAUCAACUUCUUCAUGGGGAGAACUGACAAAGUGCAGCAGGUCGGCUUUGACCCCCGCCUAGCUCGCCGUGGCCACCUGGAGUUCUUUAUUGAUGCCCUGGGCUCCCUUCACAUUGGCUCCUGCAGUGAUGUCAUUAUAAACCACGCAUCAAAGAUCAAGCUGCCAUGGAGCGAUGGAACAGACUCACAAAAGGCCUAUGAAAAGUUCCGAUACUCCCAAAGCGGUGUUGAAAAGCAUAUUCACGAUGAAGUCUUCUACUUCAAGAACAGGUUCAAAUGCAUGACCACUCAAUGAAGACUGUGCUCCUCGGGUGACUAUCUUCUCUUUUUUUUCACUGCCCGAACCACAUUUUCUCACAAAAGACAGUAUUAUUAUUUAAAUAUGCACUGUUUACUGUGGUCAAUAUCAUGCCUCUUACUGUGCCAUGAUGCUGAUGAGGCCCACAUAGGAAGAACAGCACUUGCCUGAAUAAUAGUGCCACCUUGGGGUUGAUUUAUUUCAUUACAGUAUGUGGAACCUCCAGCAUCCACCACAAUCUCUGUGAUGUUAGUCCACUUCCCAACAAAUAUUCCAAAACAAUCAUUUACAUUUAUGUGUAUUACAUUAUUAGCCAGGGCAGCACAGUGAUGAAUGUGUCUCACAAUAGAAAAAGGUCCUGGGUUCGAUCCCCAUGCUCGGGGUCUUUCUGUGUGGAGUUUGCAUGUUCUCACUGUGACUGCGUGGGUUCCCUCCGAGUACUCUGGCUUAAUCCCACCUCUUAAGACAUGCACCUGGGGAUAGGUUGAUUGGCAAGACUAAAUUGGCCCUAGUGUGUGAAUGUUGUCUAUCUGUGUUGGCCCUGUGACGAGGUGGCGACUUGUCCAGGGUGUAUACCGCCUUCCGCCCGAAUGCAGCUGUGAUAGGCUCCAGCUACCCUGUGACCCCGAGAGGGACAAUUGAUAAAAAUUAGCAGGAAAAUAUUGACCAUUAAACUGUCAUUAAGUGUCACCCUCAAGUAAGAUGUCAUGACUGUAAAUGAAAAGUAGUAUAUUCAUAUUUGUCCCUGUCAUCCAAUCCUAUCCCAUCCACUUUAUUUAUACAUCAGGACUAUACAGUCCGGACUUCCUGUUGGAUCCUUGAGCUUGUUUUAUUAAAAAAAUAUAUCUUUUUCUAUCACAAAUGGGAAUUAUGUUAAUGAAUCCCUGAUUCCGACAUUUCAUCCACCCACCAACCCUGCGCUUCACAUAUAUCGAACGCAAAACAUGUUUUCCCCUUCCCAGGAAACAAUUUUGGGUGUGCUGGCUUUCCUUUGCAACUCUAUCGUUGGUUGUGUCAACCAGUAAAAAUACAACAUCCAAUUGGAUGACAUAUGGUGUUGGUGCAUUAAAAAAUGUCAUGAUUUAGGCCAAAGGUUUGUUUUAUCUAUUUAUGUCAAGUUGUUUUUCAGUCUGGUUAUGUGAAUGUUAUUUAAUUCCAGUGGCAUUCAACUGUAAUUAUGUGAAUUAUGACUAUGUAGCCUUUUUGAAGUGACGCCACAAGAUGGAGACACAUUCUACAUCAUUCCACAAGUCAGUUUGAGUGUGCAUACAUGUAAGAGAUUGGUAGUUUUGAUAUAUUAUGUUCUGUAAAUGUUGUAUCCUAUAAUGGAAAUAAAACAUCAGUUCUACAAACCACAUUUCCAUAUGAGUUGGGAAAUUAUGUUAGAAGUAAAUAUAAACGGAAUACAAUGAUUUGCAAAUCAUUUUCAACCCAUAUUAAAUUGAAUAUGCUACAAAGACAACAUAUUUGAUGUUCAAACUGAUUUACAUUUUUUUUUUCAAAUAAUCAUUAACUUUAGAAUUUGAUGCCACCUACACGUGACAAAGAAGUUGGGAAAGGUGGCAAUAAAUACUGAUAAAGUUGAGAAAUGCUCAUCAAACACUUAUUUGGAACAUCCCACAGGUGUGCAGGCUAAUUGGGAACAGGUGGGUGCCACGAUUGGGUAUAAAAGCAGCUUCCAUGAAAUGCUAAGUAAUUCACAAACAAAAAUGGGGCGAUGGUCACCAAUUUGUAAGCAAAAUGUCAAACAGUUUUAGGACAACAUUUCUCAACGAGCUAUUGCAAGGAAUUUAGGGAUUUUAUCAUCUACGGUCCGUAAAAUCAUCAAAACGUUCAGAAAAUCUGGAGAAAUCACUGCACGUAAGCGAUGAUAUUACGGACCUUUGGCCCCUCAGGCGGUACUGCAUCAAAAACUGACAUCAGUGUGUAAAGGAUAUCACAACAUGGGCUCAGGAACACUUCAUAAAACCACUGCCAGUAACUACAGUUGGUCGCUACAUCUGUAAGUGCAAGUUAAAACUCUGCUAUGCAAAGCAAAACCCAUUUAUCAACAACACCAAGGAACGCCGCUGGCUUCGCUGGGCCCGAGCUCACGUAUGAUGGACUGAUGCAAAGUGGAAAAGUGUUCUAUGAUCUGACAAGUCCACAUUUCAAAUUUUAUAUGGAAACUGUGGACGUGGUGUCCUCCGGCACAAAGAGGAAAAUAACCUUUCGGAUUGUUAUAGGAGCAAAGUUCAAAAGUCAGCAUCUGUGAUGGUAUGGGGGUGUAUUAGUACUCAAGGCAUGGGUAACUUACACAUCUGUGAAGGCACCAUUAAUGCUGAACGGUCCAUACAGGUUUUGGAGCAACAUAUAGUGUCAUCCAAGCAACGUUAUCAUGGACGCCCCUGCUUAUUCCAGCUAGACAUUGCCAAGCUACGUGUUACAACAGCGUGGUUUUGUCGUAAAAGAGUGCAGGUAUUUUCCUGGCCCACCUGCAGUCCAGACCUGUCUCCCAUCGGAAAAGUGUGGCACAUUAUGAAGCGUAAAAUACGACAGCGGAGACCCCGGACUGUUGAACGACUGAAGCUCUACAUAAAACAAGAAUGAGAAAGAAUUCCACUUUCAAAGCUUUAACAAUUAGUUUCCUCAGUUCCCAAACGUUCAUUGAGUGAUGUUAAAAGAAAAGGUGAUGUAAAACAGUGGUAACUAUGCCCUUUCCCAACUACUUUGGCACAUGUUGCAGCCAUGAAAUUCCAAGUAAAUUAAUAUUUGCAAAAAUAAAAUUUUGAGUUUGAAUAUCAAAUAUCUUGUCUUUGUAGUUAAUUCAAUUGAAUAUGGGUUGAAAAGGAUUUGCAAAUCAUUGUAUUCAGUUUAUAUUUACAUCUCACACAAUUUACCAACUCAUAUGGAAACGGGGUUUGUAAUUAAAAAAAAGACA